AGCUCAGUAAUAAUCAUGUCUUGGUGCUGGCUCUUCCCUGUGGUGUUGGGUGUUUUUUUAGCUCAUCUUCUGCAGAGACUUUUUUUUCCGUAUUUUUGGAAAGACUUCUUUUUUCUGUUACGUUUGAGCCGAUACAGUCUGAAACUGGAGCUGUUCAGGCUGACUUGUGGAGUGUGCACCGUCCUGGACAGGUUCAUCCAACAGGCGCGACGCAUCCCCGACAAGCCUUUUCUGAUCUACGAAGGGAGGAUCUACACCUAUUAUGACAUUGAGCGGCGCAGCAUCAUACUGGCAAAUGUUUUCCUCCAGAAACUCAAUGUGACCAAAGGGGACUGCGUUGCCUUGCUCAUGAACAACGAGCCCGACUUCCUCUGCGUUUGGUUCGGCUUGGCAAUGUUUGGAUGUCCUGUUGCUUUUCUCAAUACAAAUAUAAAAUCGAAGGCGUUGUUACACUGCUUCAACUCCUGUGGAGCCAAAACUGUCGUGGUGGGCGCAGAUUUAGUAGAGUGUCUUCGUGGCAUCAUGAACAACCUACUGCGGAACAACAUUCAGGUGUUGGCAAUGACAAGCCAUUGUGAGGACACAAACGUGAAAUCCGUGCUGGAUCACAUAGUUGCUGCACCUGACAAACCUUUACCAGCAAUUUUACGGACUGCCACCUCUCUCAAAUCCCCUACCCUCUACAUCUUCACUUCUGGAACCACUGGGCUUCCUAAGGCAGCAGUGAUCACUCACCUCCAAAGCUUGAAGGCAGCAGGGGGAUUCUGGGCAUUUGGGGUGACGGAAAAUGACGUGACGUAUAUCCCUUUACCGCUUUACCACAGUGCAGCAUCACUGAUCGGAAUAGGGGGAACGAUUGAGCUUGGUGCAACAUGUAUUUUAAAGAAGAAGUUCUCAGUAUCACAAUUCUGGAGUGAUUGUCGACAACAUAAAGUGACAGUUUUCCAGUAUAUUGGUGAACUGUGCAGAUACCUCUGCAACCAACAAAAGACAGAGAUGGACAAGGUUCACACAGUCCGGAUGGGAGUCGGGAAUGGGUUGCGUCGGGAUGUCUGGCAGGAGUUCCAGAGGCGCUAUGGAAACAUAAAAAUGUGUGAGGUAUAUGGCUCCACUGAAGGAAACCUAUGUUUCAUGAAUCACAUUGGCAAGAUUGGCACAGUGGGGCGUUCCAACUUCUUCUACAGGCUCCUCUUCAAGUAUGAUCUGGUAAAGUAUGACAUGAUGAAUGACAAGCCAAUAAAAGAUCAGGAUGGGUUCUGUCAGCGAGUGAGAACGGGUGAGACAGGGCUUUUACUUUCUAGAGUAAGUGCCCUGACCCCUUUCUUUGGGUACGCUGGAAGCAAGCAGCUGACCGAAAAGAAGCUGAUAAGGAAUGUGUUUGUCAAGGGAGACACCUACUUUAACACAGGUGACCUGAUGGCUGAAGACCACGAGGGCUUCAUCUCUUUCAAAGACAGAGUGGGAGACACAUUCAGAUGGAAAGGUGAAAAUGUAGCAACAACAGAGGUGGAAGAAACUCUUCGGUCUGUUGAUUUUAUCCAAGAAGUCAACGUGUAUGGAGUGGAAAUACCAGGGCAUGAGGGAAGAGCUGCAAUGACUUCCAUUAUAUUAAGACGAGAUGUCACUUUUGAUGCGGACAAAUUCUUUGAUAUGGUGAUGGAGCUACCCACAUAUGCCCAACCUCUCUUCAUAAGACUUCAGGUAGUAAUGGAAAUGACCAGCACCUUUAAACAGCAGAAGUUCCAUCUUGUUAAGAGUGGAUUUAAUCCCUCAACAAUAUCAGAUCCUCUUUAUGUGUUGGAUUAUCAACUGAAGACCUAUAUCCCUUUAACAAAGAGUGUCUACCAGAGCAUUCUCUGUGGAGAACGGAAGCUAUAGGACUGUGAAGACUCGUGAGAGUAACUCGUGAGAGUAAAGGUAGAGAUCAAAGCACAGUAGGAUUGGAUAAUCAUUUAGCCUUGUUUCUUGCAAUUGUUCAAAUUUCAAGAUCAAAUAAAGCAUAUUACAAAAAGAAAGAAAAAGUAAAAAAUCAGAAAAUAAAAAUGCUGAAAGUUGUUAAAGAUUAAUAUUAAAGGACAGAAUGUUUUAAUAAAGUGUAUGCAGUAUUGAAGUUGUUUCAUUUUUGUGGACCUUAAUAUUCUGGGUAGAUGCUCAAUCCAAAUAAAUGCUCAAUAUAAAACAGGCCGAACCCAAAUGGAAUUUAAUUUGGUCUCACAGGAUCAAAUAUUCCUAUCCCAAAACCAAUUGGAAUUAUUUGUAUUUGAUGUAAAAGGUGAAUUUGAAUGCUGUCAGCCAGUGUUCUGUCUGCGUAUCAUUUACCUACUCAGCUGUACCUCCAAACCUCAUUCUGAGUCAGCCUCAGCGUACUUGUGCACACGGGAGGCUGAAGGAGGAACAUGUACAGCAGGUUAGUCCACUUUUGAAGAAUCCCAUUCUCUUCAGGAAGUCUCAAUGUGUCUUUCCCUUCCCGUGGAUGCUAUGUGUGUUGUCUGACCCGUCAAUUUUGUUCUUGAGCUGUAACAGCGGGUAUUUACAGUGGGUACGCAAUUGAUUUGACCACCUUAAAAUUUUCACUUUGUUAUAUUGGAGCCAUAUGCAAAAAUCCAACCAUCCAUUUUCUUACCCGCUUAUUCUCACAAGGGUUGCGGUAGUGCUGGAGCCUAUCCAAGCUGAUCUCGGGCAGGAGGCCGGGUAAACCCUGAACUGGUUGCCAGCCAAUCGCAGGUUACAUGGAGACAGACAACAGUCACACUCACAAUUACACCUAGGGGCAAUUUAGAGUGUCCAAUUAUUGCAUGUUUUUGGGAUGUGGGAGGAAACCGGAGUGCCCAGGGGACACAUGCAGGGCCAGGAUUGAACCCGGGUCCUCAGAACUGUGAGGCCAACGCUUUACAGCUGCAUCACCGUCCCGCCUAUGCUAAAACCAUUUAACUUCAUUAUGUUCCCCAUUAAUGUACACACGGCACCCCAUAUUGACAGAAAAAAAACAAUUGUUGAAAUAUUUGCAGGUGUAUUUAAAAAGAAAUUGAAAUAGUCCAGCUAUAAGUAUUCAGUAUGGAGGUAUGGUUGUGUUCCUGUUGUAAGGUGUUUAUGAACUGCUGGAGGAAAUAGUAUUUCUGACAAAUGUGAGGUCUGAUCGCACAAAACUGCUUGGAACUGAUGAGUUGUGUGCAAACUUGGCAUACCUAGUGGACAUUUUUCAUAAUCUGAAUUAACUAACCUCAUGUAUGGUAGGCUGAAAUGAAAACCUGCUCAUAAAUACAGAUCAAAUAAAUGGAUCUCGCUCAAAGUUGCAACCCUGGAAACAACUUGGAAAAUGGAAAUCUUGAAAUGUUCAUACUCACCAAGCAAUAGCAAAAUGUCA